AUGGCUAUCAGUGCAGUAUCUGCUAUUGGUGCAUUUAAUUUGGGAUUGAGAAAAUCCAGAAACAUGAAAACGAACAAAGGGCUAUAUGCAGACGCGACCUUCAAUCAUUUAAUGAUAUUAUGUCAGUUAUGGAUGAGUUCCAUGAGGGCUAUCCAGCUGUCAAACUUUUAUCUUCGCUCGCCUGAGAUCAAUUCUAUUGAACGGUUUAAGGGUAUUAUGAAAGAGAAAAAUCAAGCUAAAUGUUCCAAGUGGUAUGCAAUUACAUCCUUUUAUUGUCUCAAAAGCCCAACAAUAUAUUUCUCUAGUGUUGGAUGA